CACUGCUCCCCACCCCAGCUGUCAGCUCCCUUCCUGACUUCCCCACCCUGCCCCCGGUGCCAUGGCGUCCAGCGAGGAGGACGGCACGGCGGAGGAGAAGGAAAACAACAACAAGAAGAGAACGAAAAGCGCCCUCAUAACCGCAUGGCUCACUUUCUACAACAUCGCCAUGACAGCCGGGUGGUUGGUUCUGACAAUCACAAUGAUGCGCUUCUACAUCCAGAAAGGGACACAUAAGGGUCUCUACAGAAGUAUAGCAAGGACACUCAAGUUUUUCCAGACCUUUGCAUUAGUUGAGGUGGGACAUUGUGCCGUUGGAAUUGUGAGAACUUCCGUGAUUGUAACUGGGGUUCAAGUGUGUUCAAGGAUUUACAUGGUUUGGUUCAUCACCAGUAGCAUCAGACAGAUCCAGAACGAAGAAAGUGUAAUCCUCUUCCUGGUCGUGUGGACUGUGACAGAAAUUACCAGAUAUUCUUAUUACACAUUCAACCUGCUCCACCAUCUGCCGUACUUCAUCAAAUGGGCCAGAUACAACUUCUUCAUCGUCUUGUACCCCCUGGGAGUCGUCGGAGAGCUGCUCACCAUUUACGCUGCUCUGCCAUUCGUGCGCAGGUCUGGAAUGUACUCCAUGAGGCUCCCCAACAAAUAUAAUGUGUCGUUCGACUACUACUACUUCCUCAUCAUCGUCAUGCUGUCCUACAUCCCACUCUUUCCUCAGCUCUACUUGCACAUGCUGCGGCAGAGGAGGAGGGUGCUCCACGGUGAAGUCAUAGUGGAGAAGGAUGACUAGAUGGGCACCACCUCAUCUGUUGAGCCAGCCUGCCUCCACAUCAUCCUCACCUGACCUCCGCUUCACCCACUCACCCCCAACACAUCUCACCUUUUCUUUUUGGCUGUUGGCAUUCUUAACUGCACGGGACCCGAGAAGCAGCUGACAACCUGCCUGACAACCAGCAAUGAUGAUGAUGAUGAUGAUGAUGACGACGACGAAAACUUGGAUAAAUUCCUGUUUGAAUGGUUAUUUGGCAAGAUGUUUACAGUUCUGGAGUUGUGUCUCAGCUCUGAGAGAUCUGGAUUCCUUCAUUCACCCACUGGCUUUACACCAUCUCAUUGCACCGAAGAGAAACUGAGCCACAUCGCUACGUCAUGACAGGAAACAUGAGAAGAAACGUGGAAGGAAGAUUGUAUGUUGUGUGCUCUGAAUUGUCCCUCAGCCCAACUAAUUGGCAGAUUUUAAAAAACAACGUGGCUGCACAGAUCAUGGUUCAAAAAGUUAAACCAUACCUCAACAAUAAAUCUACAUUUAGACAAAUGUGCUGCUGCUUUUGUGUAUAUUUGUUUUACCUUUUUGUGUAAAUGAUGCAAUGUGAAAUCUUAAACCACACACCGUCUCACUUAGAGCAAGCACAGCUCCAACUUAACUCUGUCUGCUUGGCUCAGCUAGUGCUUUAUUUUAAUAUUUUGAUGUUUACUGUGUCCACAAGACUUCCUAAGAGUCUUUGCAGAGGUAAUAGUUUGUUAAAGAGCAUUUUUAGAUUUGUGUCAGCGCUCUGAGUCAUCGUUCUGCGUCUCGUUUUGUGUUUUAACGUGUCCAUACUCGUAGAAAGGUAGCUAGCCUAUAUCCUAUUAAAGGUGCUAUUGUUAAGAUCUUUUCAAUCUUCUGUGCAGCUGAAGGAGUGACUGUGAUUGGAGUUGACCUGAAGCAGGAAAGCUGGAUGUGAAAUGACCCGAAAGAAAAUGUCGGUCAAUGAUCUGCAUGGACUGUGGUUAAUCAAAGCGAAUCAACACUUUUUGCUUAUCAUCUGGGUUAAAGAGGAGAAAACAAACACCAAAUGUUAAAUCGAAUGAAAAGAUAUUUAAGAAGAAAUGUGAAAAUACCUUUUUGUGCAAAAUGAAUAAACUCAAUCCUUCAACAGC